AAUCUCUUGUUAUCGAUCUUUUUUUACGUUUCAGUUUUUUUCUUUUUUCUUUCCCCAUUUACGUUCCUUCGACGAUUUUACAAACGUUCCUGACGUGCGUGUUUAUCGCGCAAAUUUAAUCGUCUGCAGUCUAACCUCUUCUGUCAGUGACAUCAAAAUAUGGAACAAACUUGUGUAGAAGAAGGAAGUAUGAAGCGAAAAGUUAAGGAUGUAUGUUUCAGGCCAGAAGAUUCUAGUCAUAUUGAAUGCAUUUAUCUGGACCACAGCACAGCUUACAAACUGCUGCUGUUUGCAAGAUUGUGUUCUGCAAUGUGGUGUCACAUAACAGAUUGUGAUGAAACAUACAACUAUUGGGAACCUAGUCAUUAUUUGCUCUACGGGACAGGCCAGCAGACGUGGGAGUACAGUCCUGAAUAUGCAUUACGCUCGUAUAUGUUUUUGUUGAUUCACAUUGUACCUAUGAAAUUUUGUUGCUAUUUGUUCGAUCUGAAUCCCAUGCUAAAUUUCUACUUUAUACGCUUCUUCCUGUCAAUGGGUGCUGCAUUGUCUCAAGUAUACUUUUACAAAUACGUUUGUCUUGAAUUUGGAAUUCACAUAGGUAGACUUACUUUAGCAUUUCUUGUUCUCAGUUCUGGAAUGUACAUCUCCAGUGCUGCAUUUUUACCCUCAUCCUUUUCAAUGAGCAUAAGUACUAUCGCUAUAGCGUCUUGGUAUGCUCGUCGUUACGAGUUAGCUAUUUUUACUACUGCUAUUUCUUCACUGUUGGGAUGGCCUUUCGCUGCCCUACUCGGAUUACCCAUUGCUGUUGAGAUGUUAAUACAUAAACGAGAGUGGAGCACCUUCAUAAAGUGGGUUGUUAUAUCGGCUAUUGUAAUUGGGAUACCAAUGGUAUGGGUAGAUUCUAUAUACUUUGGCAAACUCGUCAUCGCGCCGUUAAACAUCAUAUUGUACAAUGUUUUCACUAGCCACGGACCUAAUCUUUACGGCACCGAACCGUUCAGUUACUAUAUCAUUAACGGCUUCCUGAAUUUCAACUUUGUCUUUAUCGGCGCGUUACUCGCACCUUUAGGUUUGCUUCUAGUGUGGUUGAUUGUGCCGACACGUAAAUCGGCACCGGUGAGAGACCGUUCGUUUCUUUCGUACUGGUACUCGUUGGCGCCUUUGUAUUUAUGGUUACUCGUGUUUUUUCUCCAACCGCAUAAAGAGGAACGGUUCUUAUUUCCAGUUUAUCCGAUGAUUUGUCUAGCAGGCGCUAUAGCGGUGGAUAUCGUGCAGAAGUUGUAUUUUUACAUUAGAACGAAAGUCAAUCCUUGGCACAUCGGUUGUCAUUACUUGCAGUACACCGCGCACAUUACCGGUCUGGCGAUAAUAGUAUGCGGCCUAUUGGGGCUGUCGAGAUCGUUGGCGUUAUACAAAGGUUAUUACGCUCCUAUGGAAGUUAUGAUUGAAGUUAACAAGCUCAAAAUAGAAAACGAAGCGUCUAACAACAUUGAUAUAAACUUCUGCGUCGGAAAAGAAUGGCAUCGUUUUCCCAGUAGCUUUUUCUUUCCGACUAACAAUUGGAAGCUACGGUACUUAAGUUCCGAGUUCAAAGGACAAUUGCCUCAACCUUUCUUGGAGCAUGAAAACGCAACCAAUGUGAUCCAACCGCAUUUUAACGAUAUGAAUCGAGAGGAACCAUCACGCUACUUUGAUUUGGAAAAGUGUCAUUUUCUGUUAGAUCUGGAUAUAGGAACUGAAACAGCUUUAGAACCGAAUUACUCUCGCUUAAGCGAUCGGUUUACUGUUAUAAGGUCUUUCAAAUUUCUCGAUGUGUCCAAAUCCCAUUCGUUUUUCCGAGCUUUCUACAUUCCACUUUUAUCGCACAAGUUUUGUACAUACGGAUCAUAUAACUUAUUACAAAGCAAUAAGUUCAAGUCUGUGCUUCUGUCCUCGGGAGGAGAGAGGCAAACAAAUUCUAAACUUUAUUAAAAAAAAAACAGACCUCGAAUAACUUAAACUUAUCUACGCAUUUCUCUGAUGCUGUAUCAUAACUGAAUUCUGUUAUUGUGUAAAGUAUACAUUUAAUAUUAUAUAUAUAAUUUGUUAAAAAAAUCUCAAAAGAUCUCAUGUGAAUCUUUUUACGUUACAAAUAACAAGAUAUACUACCGAGAAUGUAAAUACUUUGGAAUGUAAAUAUAAUAAAUC